AUGUAUGUAUCCCAGCAGAAACUUGAAAUCCUGGACCAAGGAAAUAACUCAAGAGUGACUGAAUUUGUGUUGCACAGUCUUUCAGGUCCUCGAGAGCUACAACUUUUCUACUUUGCAUUUUUCACACUUUUCUAUUCAUCCAUUGUGCUGGGAAACCUCCUCAUUGUGCUAACAGUCCUCUCUGAACCUGCUCUACACACACCCAUGUACUUCCUGCUCACCAACCUCUCCUUUAUCGAUGUGUGUCUAUCCACCUUUGCCACUCCCAAAAUGAUUGUUGACUUCCUCAAGGAGCACAAGACCAUCUCCUUUGAGGGUUGCAUGGCCCAGAUAUUCUUUCUGCAUGCCUUUGCUGGUGGUGAAACAAUGCUCCUUGUGGCCAUGGCAUAUGACAGAUAUGUAGCCAUUUGUCGGCCUUUGCAUUAUGCAACCAUCAUGAAUGUACGCAAGUGUACAGGCCUUGUUGUAGGCUCCUGGCUCAUUGGGGUCCUGCAUUCAGUAAGCCAGUUGGUCUUCACAGUAAACCUUCCAUUCUGUGGUCCAAAUCAAGUGGACAGCUUUUUCUGUGACCUUCCCUUAGUUAUCAAACUUGCCUGCACUGACACCUAUAUACUUGAGAUACUGAUGCUUUCAGACAGUGGUCUAAUGGCUAUGAGCGGAUUUGUGCUCUUGCUCAUCUCCUACACGGUCAUCUUGGUCACCCUGCGACGUCAAUCCUCAGCAGGGAUGGUCAAGGCUCGGGCUACCCUGACUGCCCAUGUCACAGUGGUGACCCUCUUCUUUGGGCCCACCAUCUUCAUCUAUGCCUCACCUUUCAGCAACUUCCCAGUGGAUAAAGUUCUUUCAAUAUUUUAUAUUGUUUUCACCCCUCUAUUAAACCCCUUGAUCUACACAUUAAGAAAUAAGGAGGUAAUGUCAGCAAUGCAGAAACUGAGGAGGCGACAGGUAAGUUCUUAA